AUGUCAGCAAGAAAUCUGGUGUCGGAGAAGACGUAUUGGUUCCUGGCUUGCUACGCUGACAACUUUUCAUUUAAGAAGACAGAGAAAGUAACAGAAGACGUCCCGCGAGAGACCUCCGGGAACUCGGGCAACCGGACCAGCAUUGGCGGCGGCAGCAGCAGCAAGGAGGCGGGGCCUAGACGGGGCCUGCCCCUCGCACGUGGUCCUAUCCGCCAACUAGCCCCGGCGCCCAGAGCAUCAGCCAAUCCUCAAAGCUUUGGAAGUGCCUGCCCAGCAGUGCGGCUGAGCCAAUGGGCGGCCGCCUUACAGGCUCCUGGAGAUAGGGAUUCGCGGGUCCUGCCGGCGCCGGUGGCUGACGAAAGAGGAACCGGUAGUGGUUGGCUGUGGGACCCCGGCACCCGUCUCCGCACCGGAGGGGAUAUCCGCUGGAAAGCACUAGGGCCAAGCGGCUCCGGUAGGCGCGCGGCAGCAGAGGUGGUCCGCCGCCGGCAGCCGGGGCUUUGGUGGCCGCUGAAGGUUUGCGGCAGGAGGCCUUUGUGAAGUCAGUCGGCUCCAGGUCGCCCUCCGGAUGCGGUCCCCACACCGCCUGCGUCACCUGGGUUGAGGGGCUCAUUUCAAAUACAGACUUCGCGACCCACCCCAGCCUGCUUAAUCGGAAAUGCAGCGGUGAGCCAUAGGUGAUUAUUAUGCACCCUUAAAUUUAAGAAUUAGUCAUUCGGAGGUUUCUCUCAAUGGCGAACUUGAAAAUAAGUUCAGGAAACCAGACAAUUGGAGCGGACCGACAGCCCUGAUUCCAAUGGUAAGAGCAGUGCUCUGGGUGUGAUCUUUCUGCCAGCACCUUAAGGCCUCACUUAACCUCGGGACCUUAGUUGCAUCAUCUAUAGAAUGAAAUGUUUGCUCUCCGACCUACCUUCUCGUGGUGGUGAUGUGAUGAUAAAAAUUGAAUAGUGAGAAACCCAGUGGGCUAUGGAAAUGUGUGGAAGAUGGCAUUACUAUUUCUCAGUGGGGCUCUUACCUAUUACUCAUCAACAUUAUAGGCGGAAUUGACUGAUGCAGCAUACACAGUAUUUAAUUACAUAAAUGGGACACCACCUGUGUGCCCAACAUGGGAUUUGAUAGGAAGGAUUUGAAGGGGUUAGAGACAGGGAGACCAAAUAGGAGUCUGCCCAGCCACCCAGCUUUGGGCUAAUGCGCGUCUGGUCUUCAGUGCCAACAACAGAGAGAAUGUGAAAUUAAGUUGAUGAUGGAAAUGAAAGAAGGAGGAAUUGAAAGCUUCUCAACUAAGAAACCAGAAGACAAGCAACAAGAGAGCAUCUCAUGAAAUCACACAACAGGGUAACUGAGUGGGUAUUUCCUGUGAGCAGUUAUAAAGUUAGAUUGUGGACGGGUACGGUGGCUCAUGCCACUUUGGGAGGCCGAGGCACGCGGAUCACCUGAGGUCGGGAGUUCGAGACCAGCCUGACCAACAUGGAGAAACCCCUUCUCUACUGAAAAUACAAACAAAUUAGCCAGGCGUGGUGACGCAUGCCUGUAAUCCCAGCUACUCAGGAGGCUGAGGCAGGAGAAUCGCUUGAACUCAGGAGGCGGAGGUUGCGGUGAGCUGAGAUCAGGCCAUUGCACUCCAUCCUGGUCAGCAAGAGUGAAACUCCGUCUCAAAAAAAAAAAAGAUUCAAGUCCAGAUUUUGCUAAAGAUGAUAAUUUGGGGGUUUUCAGCAUGGACUGUGAUAGAACCCUCAGAGUCGUUUCAGCAUCCUGAGACAGGAAAUGCAUUUUCAUUUCUGUAGGGGGGCGUUAAGGAGACCCCACCGUUCGGCUGUUGAUGUCACAUCAGUCAGAGAAGAUGAUCCCAUGCAACCUGAACCCUUGGUAAAAUAAAAGCAUGCUAUUAUUCAUAUUA